GGCUAUAUAAUUCGUAUUCAUUCAACCCUGUAGCGUGGCCAACAAUGAUGGAACUCUUACAGAUUUCAUUCGACAUUGAAAAGCAUUUCAAUCGUCAUGCGACAUUCAAAUGGUCGGAAACGUGGUGGACACACUGUUUUUACGUUUCAGCUCUCUACGUCCUCCUUGUGCACUGGGGACAGCAGAAGAUGAAAGAUAGGAGGAAGUUUGGACUGAGAAAGGCCUUGUUUCUGUGGAGUUUGACGCUGGGAAUUUUCAGUGCAAUCGGAUUCUAUAGACUUGGAGGGCAGUUUGUUGCAGAGCUGCAGAGAACGGGAUGGCACGAGACGUUGUGCAACGUUGAUUUCUACGACGGUCAGAAUCACGGUCUCUGGUGCUUUCUCAUGGCGUUUUCCAAACUUCCAGAGCUACUUGACACGCUCUUUAUCGUAUUACGAAAGCAGAAGCUCAUCUUCCUGCAUUGGUAUCAUCACGUGACUGUCUACUGUUUUGCUUGGUAUUCAUACGGCACAGCAAACGGUCACACUCGCCUGUUCAUGAUCAUGAAUUAUUUCGUACAUAUGAUAAUGUAUUCCUACUAUGCAAUCAGAGCUCAGGGCUUUGUCAGGAUACCACGUGCUGUCAGUAUUGGUAUUACGUCGUUGCAGCUCCUACAAAUGCUCGGCGGGAUGGGCGCUUGUGUCUACUCUCUUCUCAUGUUGUUGUAUGGUAUUCCCUGCCAUGCGGAGUAUACGAAUAUAUGUAUUGGGUUGUUGAUGUAUAUCAGUUAUACUGUUUUGUUUGGACACUUUUUCUACGUCAACUAUCUGAAGAAAAAGGAGACAAACUCAUGAGAAUACAUUAGGUAUCGCAACUCGAGAUUGUUGCUACAUAUUUUGUGACUGUUUGGGUUUUGUAAUUGGCUGUUGGUUGCUAUUUGUUGUGGAAUGUAUUAUUAUUGUAUUGCCUUUGUUAUCUAAGAUGCUCGUUAAUAGAGAAUACAGUCACGUGUUAUUUAUGUGUAUGUUGCGCAUGUGUAUUACAGUAUAUUAAAACAU